AUGAAGCGAAAGAAGGUGACAGUCAGAGUGGAAAAAGACGAUGGUUUGGGGGCUGCUUCAGGUUUAAAGUCGCUUAAAAAGGAUGAGGUGCCGACAUCUUUGAGUUUUCCGUAUAAGUGGGAAGAGCAACUAAAGAAUAUAAUGAAGAUGAGAGAAAGUCGGGACGCUCCAGUUGACACACUUGGCUGUCAUAUGAUUGCAGAUGUCCUGGCAGAACCGAAGGUUUUUCGAUUCCAAACUCUGGUAGGAUUGAUGCUAUCCAGUCAGACAAAGGACCAAGUGACAGCUGCUGCAAUGCAGAGGCUUCGUGAUCAUGGGUGCACUGUAGAAGAUAUGCUGAAAAUACCGCAAGCAGACUUAGAAAAGCUUUUAAUCCCUGUCGGGUUUUACAAGCGAAAAGCUGGUUAUAUUAAAAAAGUAGUGGAGAUACUUCAUGAAAAGUAUGAUGAUGAUAUUCCGGAGACAGUAAAGGAACUGUGCGCGUUGCCAGGAGUGGGACCGAAAAUGGCUUAUUUGGCCGUUCAGUGUGCUUGGGGUAGAAUGGAAGGGAUUGGGGUUGAUACUCAUGUUCACCGAAUAACAAACAGGCUUGGUUGGGUGGAUACUAAGAAGCCAGAAGACACGCGUCUAGCCCUUGAAAAAUUUCUGCCAAAAGAAAAGUGGAGUGAAAUUAACAAAGUUCUGGUAGGGUUUGGCCAACAGACCUGUCUACCGGUAUUGCCAAAAUGUUCUAGUUGCGCAAACCGGGAACUGUGCCCGAAAAUUGGCGUGUCUGUUAAAAACCUGGCCGAAAAAUUUUGA